AAAAAUGUAAAGAAGCUGAACGACAACUUGACGACGCUGGUUGGUAGAAGACAGAGCAUCCAACACGAUGUUGACGAGGCUAAGCGAAGAGCAGAGGAGAUUGAACUGCAGGUCACAAACUGGAUGGCUAAAGCAGACGAGUACGUUACUGAAAAGGCAAAAAGGCUGCGGGAUGAAUUAGAAGAAAAGGCCAUGAAAAGGUGUUUCAUGGGGUUGUGUCUCAAUCCCGUGGCUCGUCACAAACUCAGUAAAAAAGCUGGGGAGGAUGCAAUUGCUGUUGAUCAACUUGUGCAGCAGCCUAGCCAAUUCAGAAGAAUUUCCUACUAUCUUAUACAAAGAGCUGCAGCCAUUUUGGGGUUCCAUUCCUCUUCUAAUAGGGCUGGUGGUGGCACUGGUGCUGAUGCUGACACGAGUUGUUACAUUCGUGCAAUUGAUCUUAUACGAAGAGCUGAAGCCAUUUUCGGGUUUAAUUCCUCUUCUCAUAGUGCUGGCGGUGGGGCUGGUGCUCAUGCUGAUGCUGGCACUAAUGCUAAUGCUGAUACCGGUUGUUGCUCUGGUGCUGUUGAUGGUCAGUUCUCAUAUGUGGAUGAGAACAACCUUAAGAUAGAAAAGGAAGUCAGUUGCAGGAAUCUUUAUCUUUGAACUAUUUCGUGCGAGCAUGUUUUCUGGAGGAAAGGGGGAAAAAAUUCAUUCUAAACGUAUUCUCUACCAUGACAAGCUUGAAAAGCGAUGCGGUAUGGUGUUUGAUUUAUACAUGGAUGCCAUUCUCUAUUCUUUACUUCUUGCAUAUUUAUAUUUAAGUUUAUGAUAUCAUUUGUUUGUUUAUCAAAAUUGUAAAUGAUUACAAGCAGUUUGUCUCAAACUUGAAAAAUAUAUGUCAGACAGAUUA